AUGCUUCAUUGUUGUAGAUGUAAUAAAAGUAGAUCUCCUAAAGAUUAAAAUAAAACUAAUAAAAAAUUGAAGGAUCAUUAAAUUGAAUAAAGAAUUUAAUAAGGUGAUCAUUAAUAAGUGUAUAUUGCAAAAAUUAGAGAGAAUGAACAAAUGAUAUUAAAAAUGCAUAAAGAAUUGUUAGAUGAAAAUACUCAAUUAAAAAGUUUGAUAAAUUCGUAUUGAAUAUUUGUGUUAUGGUGUAGAUUAGAACAAGAGAAAUUAGAAUUGUAAGAGAAAUACAACUAGUUAUAGAUUUAAAGCAUUUAGUUUAUUCCUUAAAGUCAUUCUAGAUCAAUAUUGGAAGAAACUAAUAUACAUUUUAGUACAAAACAAUAGUCUUUUUAAUUUAAUGAUCCUAGCAAUAUAAAAUAUUAAUCGUUAAAAAAAUUAUAUGACGAAUUAAUUAAAGAUAAGGAUUGGGAUGGAUAGAAAAAGAAUUAAUAUUCAUCUUCAAUAUAAUUUCUGAAUAAUAUUCUUUAAUAGAAGUAAGAGGAUUUGGAAUUGGCUCAAGCUUAAAUAAUAAAGUAGAAUAAAAUUAUAGAAGAAUAUGAGUUAAAAUAUAAUUAAUUAUUAUGUAACACAUAUGAUUAAUAAAUAAGAGGAUUAUAAAUAAUUAGAAUAGGAGUAUUAUGAAAGGAAGAAAUCAUUUUCAGAGUAUAAAACUAUUGGAUUAUCAUAUGAUAAUCUAUAUGGUGGAAUAAUUUAGGAGGCUAUUAAAUUAAAC